AUGCUCCUUUGUCAUGGUUACUUUCUCUCUCCGCAGUUUCUGCAACCUAUUGUUAAAGUUGUCUCCCUAUUGAUGCCACCCAUUGCAGUAACAACUGUUGCAACUUUAUGUGGAAAAACAAUUGCUCAGAGUUCUUCAGCAAUAUGCUUGUGUGGUGGAGAAGUCAUUUUGGCCAUCUUUGUUCUUCAUGCUUCUGGCAUUUUCUUUGGUUACGUGUUUACAAGAUUACUUGGGCUUCAUAAUUAA